AUGUCCACCGAAGAGCCCCAGCCCGGUCCCGGCCAAGACGCCACCCGUGUUGCCGAUCAACUCGACCGCCUCAACAUGGACGGCGAGGGUGAAGUGAUCCCACGCACCGAAGAGGAGUAUGCCGAGGCGCAGCUCACCUUGCGAGCCAUUGUUUCGUCCAAGGAAGCCGGUGUCAUCAUAGGCAAGGCUGGCAAGAAUGUCGCCGACCUACGCGAUGAGACUGGUGUCCGCGCCGGUGUCAGCAAGGUAGUCCAGGGUGUCCAUGACCGCGUCCUCUCCGUUACGGGCAGUCUCUCUGGCAUAUCAAAGGCAUAUGGUUUGGCUGCCAAGGGCCUGCUCGAGGGCGCACCUGCCAUGGGCAUGGGCGGCGUUAUUCGCACUGACGGCACUCAUCCUAUCCGCCUCCUCAUCUCGCACAACCAGAUGGGCACCAUUAUUGGUCGUCAGGGCCUGAAAAUCAAGCAGAUCCAAGAUGCCUCUGGUGUUCGCAUGGUUGCCCAGAAAGAGAUGCUCCCCCAGUCGACUGAGCGCGUUGUCGAGGUCCAAGGAUCUCCUGCCGGCAUCGAGAAGGCUGUGUGGGAAAUCGGCAAGUGUCUCAUUGACGACCACGAGCGUGGCUACGGUACGGUUCUCUACAAUCCUGCUGUUAGGGUCCAGCCCGGCGUGGGUCCCGGUCCCGCGGCGAAUGGUGGCAGCGCACCCGCCGGUGGUAUGGGCGGACGCUCGUACAACCGCACUGGCCACGGCGCUGACUUUAGUGACUCGCCACCUGCCUUUUCUCGACGGUCCGGUUCGGAUGCUGCCAGCAGGCCACCGCCCCCUACACACACAGAAGACGGUGAGGAGAUGCAGACGCAGAAUAUUAGCAUUCCGUCCGACAUGGUUGGUUGCAUCAUUGGGCGUGGCGGCAGCAAGAUUAGCGAGAUUCGAAAGACUUCGAAUGCUCGUAUCUCGAUUGCCAAGGCUCCUCACGACGACACUGGCGAGCGCAUGUUCACCAUCACCGGUAGUGCCAGUGCUAACGAGAAGGCCUUGUACCUCCUGUACGAGAACCUUGAGGCUGAAAAGAUGCGCCGCAGCCAGGCGCAAGAGUAG